AUGGCCUCGAAGCCGGGGAAGAGGGUCGCCUCGUCUGUCUUUAUCACGCUGGCCCCCCCGCGGCGAAACAUGGCAGUGGCUGAGGAAGUGAAGCGGGCGGCUUGUGAGGCCCGGCCUGGCCGCCCCUGGGGGCCCCCUGCUGCCGUGAAGGCCCCCGGGGCUGGCUCGGCAGGGAGGCCCAGCCCUUGGACACCCCCUGCCAGGGCGGCAGCCACCGUGCCAGCCGUACCACCUCAGCUCUCCAACGGAGGAUGUUCUCCCCCUCCUCCUACUUUGGAUGGCGAGGACACACUCCCCGACCUGGACCUCCUCCCACCUCCACCACCCUCCCCUGAUGAGGAGCCCCCUGCCUCGAUGGGAGCAUCACUCAUUUCAGACUUAGAGCACCUGCCCCCGCCCCCACCCCCACCCCAGUCCCUGGUGGAGGGGCCUCCACUCCAGCCCCGGCCUGGUUUUGCCGGGCCCGCAGGAGAGGAGCUUCUGCCUCCCCCAGAAGAACCUGUUGGCCUCCACGAGAAAGCGGCAUCCACAGACGUCUGUGCCUUCUGCCACAAGACCGUGUCACCCCGAGAGCUGGCCGUGGAGGCCAUGAAGAGGCAGUACCACGCCCAGUGCUUCACGUGCCGCACCUGCCGCUGCCAGCUAGCUGGGCAGAGCUACUACCAGAAGGACGGGCGGCCCUUCUGUGAGUCCUGCUACCAGGACACCCUGGAGAAGUGUGGCAAGUGUGGCGAGGUGGUCCGGGAGCACAUCAUCAGGGCCCUGGGCCGGGCCUUCCACCCCGCCUGCUUCACGUGCGUCACCUGUGCCCGGUGCAUCGGGGAUGAGAGCUUUGCCCUGGACAGCCAGGACGAAGUGUACUGCCUGGACGACUUCUAUAGGAAAUUCGCCCCGGUGUGCAGCAUCUGUGAGAACCCCAUCAUCCCUCGAGACGGGAAGGAUGCCUUCAAAAUUGAGUGCAUGGGAAGGAACUUCCAUGAAAACUGCUACAGGUGUGAGGACUGCAGGAUCCUCCUGUCUGUGGAGCCCACGGACCAAGGCUGCUACCCACUGAACAACCGCCUCUUCUGUAAGCCGUGCCACGUGAAGCGGAGCGCCGCAGGGUGCUGCUGAGGGCGCCCA